CUUUCCCCCUCUCACCUGUGAAUAAACAAAAUUCAGAUUUCCUUCUGUUUUUUUUUUCUUUGUGGAACCUGUUUUUUUUUUUAUUUUUUAUUUUUUAUUUUUUUCCUCUUUUGAGAAAUUCCUGCAGUGCAAAAGUAUAAGAACAAUUUCAUGAGCACCAACUGUUAUUAAGAUGGGUUUCUCAAGGCACUCAUCUUUUGAAGUCUCUGUUUAGUAGCCCAUAUUGCAGGUUUUCCACGUGAGUAACACAAAUAUGUAAUCUCUUCCUUAUCUGGUCACCCAUUUUCACAAAACUUAUAAAACUUAGUGCAUCUGAGAUCAUCAGAUUUGGUAGGAACUGGCUGUUGAAUCCAACUUGUAAGACAAAGCUAAUACAGUGACUAUGCAAGCUUCUUCCCUUGGGAAAUACAUUAGCAAAUACAAACAUAAGUUGUCCUCAGGUCUAAGAUAUUCUCACUUUUCAAGUACCAAGGUAAAAAUAGCCAGAACAUGCACAUACAUGCAUACACAAAAGAAAUUCUGCAUAUUGUCUUCCCUUACCUAGCACAGCUAGACCUUAGCAGCUCAAUGUUAUUUCAUUUUGUAUUACAUUAGCUGAACCCUCUGGAGCUUAAUGCCAGUCAAAGGACCUCCACCUGGAAGCAGCAGGGGGUUCAUAGCUCAGAUACUGUGCUCACCUUGCUCACAUCUGACUGGUUAGCUUAGUUGCUGAAGAAAUUGAUUAUUCUUUUUGUUCAGUGAAAAGACUGUGGGUAACCUUAAGUUUGGGCCAUUCUAUUAUUUUUAGCCUGGUUUCCUAAGAAAACAAAUACCACAGUGUCUUUCAGCAUCCUGAUAAUAGCCUGCACAGUCCAUCUCUAGAGUCAUGGUAGUAUAGGGACCUGGUUCUCUCUGUGGCUUGUAUUAAUCAACCACUAUGACCAUAAAGCUGGCUUUAACUCCCAUUUUUAUAACUCUUCCCCCCACUGUGCUCUGAUUGCUUCAGCUUUUUGGCAUAACUCAGCAUGACCUGCCAGAUGGCUUGUUCACAAAGAGAAUUUCCUCUAUAUCUUCAGUCAGCUUUUGAGAUUUUUCCAAGAAUUGUGUUUUAGUUCUGGAUAUUUCUGUGUCCUUCCUGUUCACUUUUUGUAUUUUCCAAAAAACCCACUGCAAAAAUACACAUCUAUUCUUCAUUAGUUCUAUCCCCCUCUCACCCCUCCCAAACAAAAUGCAAUGCAAUAUUUUACAUCAUUCAGGUUACAUAAGCAAAAAAAUGGUCUCUUUUGCAGUCAGUCAAUAUGUAUCUCUUUCUGAAAGGCAUUAGUAAUUAAGAGUUGUAAAAACUUUGAUAUGUUCAAACAUGUUUCUUCAAAGAAAAGUAAAUCAUUUUUUUUCUAGAAAAUUUAAGAAAUGCUUAUACUGCUGUCAGAAUUUCUGCCUGCAUUUCCUUAGAUCUCACUUCAUGCUAAAGACUCUUCCUCUUUAUUUUUUGAAAAGUCCCAGUCUCCUUUAGGUUUUGCAGAUGUUUUUCAUGAUUGGAAAGGGAUAUUUGUAGGUUUUUGUUAAUAGUCACAGGGGUUGUUAUUAUUGUUUCGAGUUCAGUAUCAAAAUAUGGAUUUUGAAGGUUUUCUUUUUUUCUUUUUUUAAUAUUAUUGAAGAUACUUUAUCUUCUCAGAUUCAAUUAUCAAACAUGUACACAUGAUGAAUGUAGAAGAGGGAGAAAGUUAAUACGAAGACAACUGGAAGAGGAUCUUAAAAUUUGUGUGUUUCCAUGGUUUAGUUCACAAGAAACCCCAGUCUUUCAUAUUCCCUGAGCUUCCACUCAAAUCUGCACUAUUUUAGAUUUUCCUAGAGAGGAUAGGGGAGUAGAAAUGUAGAAUGAAUCAUAAAAUCACAGAAUCAUGGAAUGGUUUGAGUGAGGGGAUCUUAAAGACCAGACAUUUCCAACCUCCCUGCUGUGGGCAGGGUUGCUACGCACUUGAUCAGGCUGCCCAGGACCCCAUCCAGCCUGGCCUUGAAUGCCUUCACUCAUCACCCAGACUGUAUUUAUGCUUGUCUUUUCCCUGACCUAGGUGCAGGACCUUGCACUUGGCCUAGUUGAACUUACUUGAGGUUCACAUCGGCUCAUCUCUCAAGUCUAUCAAGGUCCAUCGAUAUCCCUUCCCUCCAGAAUAUCAACAGCACCACACAGCUUGGUGUCAUCCACAAACUUGCUGAGAGUGUACUCAGUCCCACAGUCUACACUACCAACAAAGAUGUUAAAUAAUACCAGUCUCAAUACUGACCCCAGCGUGAAACUACUUAUCACUAGUUUCCUCCUGGACAUCAAACCACUGACUCCAAAGCUUGGAAUGCAGCUGUCCAGCCAGUUCCUUAUCCACUGGGUGUUCUGUCCAUCGGAUCCAUGUCUCUCUGGUUUAGAGAUGAGGAUGUUAUGUGGGACAGCAUCAGUGAUGUUUUGCAAUAGAUCUCAUUGAUCUUUCAGAAAAUUCACAUUUAAUUUUGUUAGGUACUUCUUUCUUUUUUAGAAGACAGGCAUCAUGAAAUAAUUGGUGGAAGAGAGGAGCUGAAAAUAUAAUUUAUACUUAGGUUGGAGUUCUGCAGAUCAACAGCAUUAUCUGAAUUAUCUCCAUUUUAAAUAAUAAUGAUAAUUAAUCACACAUCUAGUAAGCAAAAAUUGAUGUGGAAAUUACUCUUUCAAAAAAGUAUUAAUAAUAGUGUCUGACAGUCAUAAAGGAGGCUCAAAAUCACAAAAGUUGGAGUGAAUUCUUAGUCUUUAACUACUGAUGUGUUAUUAUAUGAUUCCAUAUAAUAUUUAUUCACAUAUGUCCAUUUUUUACAUUAUCAAGCUAUAAUUUUACUUAAAGGAAAAUUUUCUCCCUUUCCUUAAGGGAGAAAAUUAAUAUUACUUCUGAAACUGAAAAUGCGUCUUACAGCUUACAAAUUACAACUAUGGAUAUUACAUCAAAAAUGGUUGCUGCUUUGCCAAUAUCUUGCUUGAUCCCUUGGGACACAAACAGAUGUCAUAAAGACUUUUAAAUAUAGACUGUAUGCUGCAGAGCCCAUUGUACCCUUGUUCUAACUGUUGGGGUCUCACUCACUGGGUUUCUUGUUUCAAAAAAAUGCCUGGAGGCAGAAAUAAAUAAUACAAAACUUUCCUUGCUUCAGGAAGUCCAUUGGGAAUGUAAACCUUUUGCUUGAGGAGCCAUGAAUGGUUUCAGUGUGGUAAGGGGGAGACCAGAGAGUGCUGUCUUUCCUGAAGGCCACUGAGCACCACCACUCUGGGAAAUGACAGAAGGCUGAAUGUUUUGGCAAUCAAAUUUGGGAAGCAGUUUCUGCAAGAGGUCGGUGCUGCCUGAGUUCCCCCAGCAGAAGACACUUUAUCCCAUUACGAACAAACGGCAUUACUUACUGAAGGUAAGAAGCAGCAAAAUCUGACCAUCAGUGUAAUCUGCUUAGAUUCAGAAACUUGCUACAGCUGAAACACACAGCAGGAAGGUUGGAGCAGAGAAUGAGGACCUGUGGUCACUUCUGGGGUGUGCCACAAGGAGGAGACGACAAGAAAAAGUGAAGCAAUAUACAUCACAGAAGUAUCAUAUCUUCAUCUCUGUUAAGUGUUCAGAUAGUAGCUUAAAGCACAUCUGACCAAGGCAUACUGAGUGCCUGCAGCAGGGCAGAAGCCUUCUAAGCAACUCAGUCACACCAUGCGCAGAGAUGGUGACCAGAAGUGGGAUGGGGACAGUGACCAGGGCUUGCUGCAAACCUAGGACCCCUGGGGACAUGCUGGUUCCAAGUCUGAUGCGGGUGUUCCAGGGCUAAGGGUAGGCCCAGAAGAAGUCCUGGAAUCUCUCUAGGAACUGGUCCUGGCCUUGGUCAAAGGCCCCCAGGGUGGCUUCCUGUGCUCUUCCUUCCCAUGCUGUAUCUUUCCAUGCUGCCAGGUCCCGGUUCUUGGCAUUACAGAUUUGGACCUGGCACAAUUUUCCACCUCUUCAAGAGUGUGAAAGAUUCUUUAGCGUAUGGAUGAUUUUGCUCACCAUGUAAUUGAGCUGGUCUGAUCACCUCUACGGAGGUGAGAGCUGUAUGAAAACAGAUGUUCAGUAGUUAUCUGGGUGAGGAAAAAGUAAAUAAGCAAGGAAAGUUUUGAAAAAGAAGAAUCUCAAGGUAUUUACUGAUACAUAGUAUUGACAAAGACCUACUGGGAAGCUAUAUCUGCCAAUCAAACUAAUUGGAUUUAGCAACAAAUGAUGGAUUGAAAAUGUAUGAAAAUAACCAUCAGUGUGACUGAAAAGAUGAAAUGCCAAGGAAAUUUACAAUAGCAAUCUUAUCUAGUAUGUCAGCCUUUUGUCUGCCUAACCUGUGGUAGAGGGCAUCCAUUAUAAAUUUUGGGCUCUACUGACAAGAUGGAAAUAUCAACCACACAUAGUCUGCAAGUCCUAUUUUGAAUAAAUGUAACUUCUGAUGUAAUUGUGGGUAAAAGCUGCAAAAAUUAUAUAUGUCAGAAUUAGGUUUGUAGCCAAUGUUUGUUCUUGUCACAGAAAGUAUAUCACAUACAAUGACAUUAAAGUACUCAGUCAAUGAGAUAAACUGUUUUCUCAAUGGCUCAGAAUUUUCUGAGUUUUACUUUUUUACCAUGCCACUGCAUAUUUGAAUGUGUUCUGAGAAAAGGAAUAUAUUAGUAUCACUAUGAAACUAAUUUUAUUUUUAAAAUAGUAAUUAUCAAUUUUAAUGUGGCAACUAUUGCACUUUUUUACAUUGAGUUACUUGUACAGGUUCAUUAGAGCAACUCUAAUUAUUAUGCUCUCUUUUAAUCAGAAAAUGGAAAUGAGAGAUAUCGUUGUUUCUCUAAGAGAAAAAUCAUAGCUCAAUGAUUGUUGAAGUGUUAAUCUGAAACAAGUUUGGUUAAUUCUCUCUGCAUACAAGCCAGUAGGCCUUAUUUCUAUGAUUUGUGAUUUCUUAGUAACAAUUCUAGAUCAGUACAAAUUCGAACUCAUUUUUACUGAACUUCCAGCUCAAUAUUAUUUUCAGUGUGCCUUCUGUAUUAUGACUAAUCUAGCUUUAAGUUCCUAUUUUUCUCAUCAGCACUGAUUGAUUUUUGACAGCACAAGAAGAAUUUUUAGAGUUUCACUUAAUUACCUCUUUAUAACUAAAAGUUCAAGCAAGUAUUUCAGGCGUUUGCUAUAAAAACUCCCAAACUCCCAAUUCUUAUUAUAUUAGUUUUAUUUCUUUAUGUAUUUAUUUAUUUUUCCAGUGUCUUUUCUCUUCCAGUGUGAAGGAAAAUUCCCAAAUGACUAGAGGUACAGUGAGCUGUUCACUGAACUGUCAUUACACAAAACAUUUCUGAAUAAAAAUGUUUCUUGCUGGAGAACACUUAAAAUUGACUUCCAUAUUUUUGCUAAGAACUUAACAUGUUUGUUUUCACUGAAUUUAAUAAUUUCACAGAGGUUACAUGCCAGUCCACAAAUUGAAGUUUCAGGUGUUCUUACUCUUUUUUAAAAAUAUUUUCCUUAGCAAUAUGUUCAAGAAACUAUUAUUUGAUAUAUUCAUCUUAUAUGUAACAUGUUUCUUCGUGAAAAUACAGUCAUGUAUACUAUCAUGUAGUCAAAGUCAAUACUGUGCAUAUAUAUAUACUAUGCAUAUUAUAUGCAUAUGUUUAUAUGCUGUACUAGACACAUAUUCAUGUAUUAUAUAUUUUAUAGUUUAUUUAUAUUAUAUGUAGUAUACACAUACUGGUGUGGUUACUCCAAAAGUGAUGCCUUCUAUUUAUUUUCAGGGAAAUUACAACAGCUACAAAGAGCACAGUAGUACUGUCUUAUAGAGUAACUUCUCAGCUACAAAACACUAUUUUUCAACAUAGUCACCAUCAUUAGCUAUGCUUCAGUUCCAGUCUCCAGUUUGGAAUUUUGUGUAUGGCUUCGCACUCUUAAAGCAACAGCACCAUAGAUGAUAUGUACUGAUUUUGACUGGGAUAAUUUUCUACGUAAUAGCUUGUAUAGUGCCACGAUUUGGAUUUGUAAUGAGAACAGUGUUGACAAUACACCAGUGUUUUAGUUGCUGCUUGCACGGAGCCAAGGGCUUUUUUUACUUUUCAUGCUUCCCAGCCAGUGAGGAGGCUGAGGGUACACAAGAAGCUGGGAGGGGCCAAAAUCAGGACAGCUGACCCAAACAGAUAAAAAUGUUAUUCAAUACCGUAUGACUCCCAGCUCAGCAAUUAAAACAGAGGGGAAAGAAGGGGCAUUUGUUAUGGCAUUUGUUAUUUGUUACGGCAUUUGUUUUCCCAAGAAAACAUUUAUUGGGAAGUGGUUACAGCACCAAACCUGCUGGAGUUCAAGAAAAAUUUGGACAGUGCUCUCAGAAAUAUGGUUUGAUUUUUGGGUAUUUCUGUAUGGAAGCAAGAGGUGGACUUUAUGUUUCUUAUGGGUCUCUUUCAUCUCAGGAUGUUCUAUUAUUUUCUGAUUAUGUGUGAUGAAGCCUUGCUUUCCUGGAAAUAACUGAACAACUUCCUGCUGAUGGGAGGUAGUGAAUCAAUUAUUUGUUGUGUACACAGCUUUUGCUUUCCCUGUUAAACCGUAUUUUUCUCAGCCCACGUUUUCUCACUUUUACCUCUCAGAUUCUCUCCUUUUCUCUCAAGGUGGGGAGGGAGGGGGCAUGAGUGAGCUGAUGUGUGGUGCUUAGGUGCCUACCAGUGUUAAACCACAACACAAUAACAUUGUGCAGGUGGUAAUAUAUUUACUGAUUAUAAUAUGUACAUAGUAUUUGAAUGUCACAAUUUAUAUAUCGUUGCUGACCAUAUCACCAACUGACAGCAAAUGAAAUGCUAUGAGGAAGAUAAAAAUAGUAAAGACCAUAAGGGUGCUGUAUCAACCAUAAUGACACUCUAAUGGUACUUGAAUGGUGAGCUGCGAUUGCCUGUGUCAGACCCACAGUUCAGUUAAUGGAUAUGAAAACUGAAAUAUCAGUAGUGAAUGCUUCAAGAAGAUAAUUCUAGGCCAUGGGCUAUGUUGUCACCAAAAUUACUGCCAGGUCAGCUGCUGCUGUGUAAGGUGUCAGGAUAGUCAAAUGUCAAAGGCAGACAUAAAUGAGCAGCUAUUCUUGCAGUUGUCUCUGCUCUUUUGCUUCUCUACGUGCUCUGAAAGAAUUUAAGAACAUGUUCUACUCAACUUGGUAUGAGUUCAUCUAAAUUUUUCUUGUCAUGCAUCAGACAAUUUUUCCCUUUCAUGAACGGUCAGAUUUUGGAUCUGCAAUGAGAUCAGAAAGAGACACAGUAAACCACAGGCAAAUGUGCUUUAUAUUUAGUGAGAUAGAUGGUCUCAAUUACCAUAUCUUGUUUCUUGUUCACUGUAUUUUCUACUUACCCUGCUAGACACCUCAUAUGUUUCUAGGGAGAACAUUUUUAUUUUUAUUUUUUAAAUCUUUAUUUCAAUAAAGAAAUUUAAAUGAUUUUUAUAGGAAGAAAGCCAGUAUGGUUAAAAAGCAUUUUCCAAGGCAAGAAUUGAAAAAAAUGGCAGUGAAGCAAUCCGAUAUGCUACUGUUACUGAAGGUUUAAACAUGAGUUCAAACAGAUUAUCCUGAUUCAAUGGUCAUACUACUUAAGAUUUUGACUAACAUCUUGAUGUAGCAGAGUUUGAUCAUGGUGAGAAAGUUUUGUUGUUUUUUUUUCCCUCUAGGCAGUUUGAAGUUUUGCAUGAAUUUGAAAACUAUAGAUUGCAGAACAGUUACUUCACUAGUAGUUUCAGGAAAGGAGUUUCCAAGCUACAUCUGUAUGCGUCUGUAUUUAAUAUAACAUUGUUUUUGCCAAAGCAUUUUGACUAAGUCUAGCCCACAGAAAAUUAUAUUAGAGUUGUAUUUAUUAGCAUUAGUUUGUAAGUUUUCAAUGGUAAAUAUUAAAAAAAAAAAAAACAACAACAGUAUAAGUUCCUGGAUAUAGCAAGGCUCUACUCCAAUGAGAAAUUAAGCUGGUUGUGAUUUGCAAGUACUCUGUGGUAUCUUGGUUCUUCUAGUUAUAAUUCAUUCAUCAUUGACUGAUUUAGGAAAAACAAACAAACAAACAAAAAAAACCCCAAAACCCCCAAACCCCAAAACAUUUUAUAUAUUCAUUUAAAUAUAUAAAUGUUAAAAGAUGUAUAGUUUUCAAAUAAUAAGAAUAAUAAUACUUUCAUCAGGUGAUCUAGCUAGUCUAUUAUCAGAAAAACAAUUGUGCAAUAGCAAUUAAAGACCUGUUUUAAGAAAAUUCAUAGAUAACUUGCAAAGAAAAUGUAUUUCUGACUAUGGUUUUGAUUUAUGCCUCUUUUUUCAUCAAAACUAAUGUUAUUUUUUUUCUUUGCACUAAAUUUAAUGAAUGCAAAAUUACAUAAGUCCUGUAUUUUUGUUUGCUUGUUCUGUGGUACUAUUUGAUGGUUUAACUUAUAUUUGCUUCUUGUAUUUUUGUAUUCAGCUACAAGCAGUGAUGUGCCUGAUUUCAUCAAAGGGAACAAAGAGUAAAGAAUUUCUACUUGUUUGCUUUCUAAUAGCAAAAUUUAUGCUAUUAGAAAUAGCAUGUACAUAUAUGCUAUAUAUGUUAUGCUGCGAAAGGGAUCUCUGAAAAGUAAAUAUUUCAGAAGUCUUCAAUGAAACUCACAUCAAAUAUUGAUAAAAUAUUUGCAAUGUUCCAUCAGGUAUCUUCAUGCCUUAUUUUUCAAGUCUUGAAAUCUCUUUUCUUAUUUACAUCAACAGGAGUUGAAUGCUGUGGUAUUUCCCAGUGUGCCACAUGGCUGCAGAAAUGAAAAUAUCACCUCUUCUAAAAUUUGCUUUAAAAAUGAAUGCACAAACUGCAAUCAAAAUAGAAUCAAAGGAAAAAAGCAAACAAACACAACGAGCUUGAUGAAUAUGGAAAAGGGAGAAAUGAAGGAGGUGGUGAAAAGAAACAGCAAGUCAUGUAAAGGAAGCUGUAAAAAGUCUCCUGCGAUUUAGAUUAGGACAGUUCAGGAAUUCUUCCAUUCUUAUUUGAGUUUCUGUGAAUUUUACUAUCGCUUGCAGAUGUGUAGAGCCUGAGAUGGGUAUGGGAAUGUUCCUGAAAUACAAUCCUUCAGGUAAAAAAAUUAAGGAAACAGAUGUUCUAAGGCUUUUCCUUCUGUUUUUUGUUAAUUAGUUAUUAAGUCAUGGUUCUGACCGUCCCCACAUUUAUUGUAACAUGUUUUACGUAACUCAUCUUCAUUUUGAAUUAAUUUAACAGAAUAAUUUGGAAGGACCAGAGCUCUAACCAGAGCUCUGCUCUAUUAUAGUUUAGUAGUAUUCAAUAUUUCAUAGCUUUUGCUUUUCAGAAGUUUUCUUCAGAGGAUGAAGAUGAGAGCUCAGGGGAUCAAAUAGAAUAUAGAAGCUCAGCUUCAAGUCAGUCAGAAAAAUCCACUAACUAUAAUCACUGUAGUCAUUAUUUCUGAAAGUUGGAGAACUCUUCAUUAGAUGAACAAAAUAAUAACAAGAGGCAAAACCUGAGAAAAUACUCAUUAUUACUGCUUGUAUUACACAGUUGAACACAGAAGUUUUAGCAGUUUAGGCAACUCAGAAACUGGAAAACACACUUUGAAGCCAAUUAACUUUUUCUCAAUUCUUGGCAUUUUAUUGAUGAUCAAAUAUAAUAUAGCUAUCAGAACUCACUGUCUGAACUGAGAAUAUCAGGAUUCUUUCUGAAUCUGAUAAUUUUUUGCUUGUGACGCCUGAAACUUGACUCUCCAGCAGAUCUAGCAGAUUUCAGCCUUUCACCUCACUAUUAGAGAUGGGUUUUAUGGCACUAUGGAGUUAUAUCGUGAAUUAUUUCACAGUUUUUGAAGAGGCAAAAGUUAAGGAGUUGGAUGCAUGUUUAGCAGGUCUCUUUGCCUGUGUGGGCUGCGUGCCCAGAGGUACACGUCGCAGGGCCAGAGGCAGGGUGGCAAGCCCUGUCCCCGCCUGUGCCGUGACUUUGCUGCUGCAGCGCCUGCAAGACAAGGAGGGUGACCGAGCGCAGGCGUACUGCGAGCUGGAGCACGUCCUGCGGGAAGGUGACAGCCGCCCGCCGUGCGGAGUGGUGAACCGGCUGCUGGCUGAGGUGUCCCAGGACCUGACGGCAGCCCAGGGCGUGCCUGACAGCGUGAGGAUGGCUGCCAGCGAUGUCCUGGUGGCUCUGGCCCGGACUCACUUCAGCUUGGUGAUGGCCGAGCUCCAGGGCCACCUGAAGGCCGUGGGGGAGAUGUCCAAGGAGUUUGUGCUCCUCACCCUGGGCAAACUGUUCACCAGCUACGCUCCACAGUGCAUCCCCUUCGUGUGGCUGAUGCUGGCCGGCCUGCGCAGUGUGGUGGGCUGGGUGAGAGGCGGCCGGACCCUGCGCAUUGCUUGUGCUGUUGUGAAACAGUGGCUGGAAGGAGUCAAGGUUCACUUGUGCUCUGGAAAGCAAUGCCCCUGGCCUGCCAUGGAGAUCGAACAGAUCCACCAGAAUCUUUCCCAGCUCUUCUUCUCUGUGCUGAGGAACUGGCAGGACUGCAAGGAGGAAAAGGACAAACAGGCGGUCCUCGGGGCUGUGGCUGCCAUGAUGGCUGUCCUCCUUCGAGAAGAGCUGUGCCGAGAGCACGUUUGGGAGCAGCUCCUCUGGCUCGUGCACCCAUAUCAGGAGGUCCAAGACACCUGCAGGGUGACCAAGAGCCUCAGUGUCUUCCUGGAGGCCUUAGAGGGAGUUCCAUCUGUCAUCCCUAAGGACAAGUUUCUGGCCAUCACCAGCGCCGUGUUCUACCAGCUCUCUGAUGACACCAAGGAGCAAAGCGAGGCGAACAGAGCAGAGCUGACCCACUGCAUCCUGCUGCAGGCCCGGAUCUGCCCAGAGGAGACGGUCCAGUUUCUGCAGUCACAGCUGGGUGCUGACAGGGAGGCUGGAUGCGUGGCAGCCCUGGGUCUGCUCGCUGCUCUGGCUCGCUCUGAUGAGCCCAUGAUGACAGAGAAGCUGCCCCAGGUUGUGGAGGCUGUGCAGUGUCUGUGCAGCGACCCCAGGAUCCAGGUGAGGAGGGCCAUUCUGCACUUCAUCAAGGAUGUGCUCAGUGCUAACGCCCGGAGCUGCUCAGCCUGGGAUGUGGUGGGGCACAUCUUCAGUGAGUUCAGCCGCACCACGGGAAGAAGGGCAGCCGGAGACCUUUCUGCCCAGGAAGCCCAGGAAGAAGGAGCUCUCCAAGAGCUGUGUAUGGACAUCCUGGGGUCACUGGAUGUCUCUGCGAGCGGGAUGAGCAAACUCCUGUGGCCCCGGCUGCUGCUGUACGUGGUGCCAGCCCAGUACACCGGCAUGCUGAUCCCAGUCUCUCGCUGUGUCCAAGCACUGGCUGAGAGAGGGGACCUGAUGGUGCGGGAGAUAGAAGACCUGGAUCCCCAUUUCCUCAGCUCCAUGUUUCAAGGCCCACUGCUGACUCCCCAGACACUGCUGGCACGCCUGCUGGUGGUGGCAGGGAGCCCUUUUGCAGGCAGCGAACUCCAGGCCGCUGCCUUGCUCCUCAUGCUGAACCUCCACGGCAAAAUCCACAGAGCUGUGGGGGCCAUGUGGGCUGCUGAGAUCCCCCUGCUGCUGCAGUGCCUCAAAGGGAAAGAUGAGAGCUUCCCGGACUCUGCAGAGUGGGAGCAGCGCCUCCUAGAGUUCCUGAGGGCGUCACUGGCUACCAUGGAGGAUGAGGCCUGGACCAAGGGCCUGAGCUGCGAGCUGAGCCGGUGGCUGAGCAGCUCUCCCAGCAGCUCUGGAGAAAAGUCCUUCCUGUACAAGGCUCUGGGGACAGUGCUGGGAGCUUGUAAGGAAGUCCUCCACAUCCAAGGGAAGCUCCUGCAACACCUGGAGGAAGCAAAUGCAGAGGAGCCUUCUGAGGCCCAGGGAAUGAUCUCUCUUCUCAGCCAUGCUGCUGAGAGCAACUUCCACACAGUCCUGGACACGCUCACCACAUUUGCGUCCAGGCUGUGCAGAGGCCAGAAGGGAAGGAUUUCCAGACGCAAGAAGAUGGAGCUGGACAGUAGAAGAGCUCAGGCCACCCGCAGCGCUCUCAUCCGUGCCCAUGGCAGCUUGGCACUGCGUGCCUCCAAGGAACAGCUGCUUGCCCGCCUGGAGGGAGACAUCGUGGGCAACAUCCUGCUGCUCUACAGCUGCAGCUGCCGGGACCUGCAGAACACGCUUGCGCUGCUGCAGAGCAUCAUGGACUUCAGCUCUGCCUUCCAAGCAGCGGGUGACUCUGCCUGCUUUAACCCCUCCUUGAAGGGCAAGCUGCUGGAGAUCCUGACGGACUUGCUGAAGAAGUAUUGCUUGGGCACCCCAGUCUCCCCAGUGCCCCUCAAGGUGGUUCUGGCCCUGGAGCAGUUGAGCAAGCUGAAGCCUUCCUUAGGAAGCAAAGACAUGUGUGACAUGCUGAUUUUGUGCUGCAAGAUUAUUGUGACGCACCCUUCAGCGGAGAUGAUGCUGAAGAUCAGGAAGUCCCAGCAAGCAGCUCAGUACCUGCAGCUUCUGCAAACAUCACUGAAAGCUCUGGGCCGGCUCAUGGUGGUCCUGCUCGAGACAGAGACCACCAGUGGCUUCUUUCAGAACAUAGUCCAUAGAUCAAUGACGUCAGGCAACACGUGGGAGCGCAAGAGGGCCCUGCAGACCUGCUCCCAGCUGCUGGCUGUUUGUGAAGAGCGUGGAAGAGGAGAUGCCUGCAAGCACUUUGGCUCCUUGGUGGGAUUGCUGGUGCCUCUGACGUGUGACCCCAUGCCCACCUCCCGCCAGUUGGCUGUCACCUGUCUGAGCUCCCUUCUCCGAAUCCAAGCCAAGGCGACCAACAGAGUCAUCCAGACAGGAGACAUCGGGAGCCUGUGUGAGGGGCUGAAUGACCGCAGCACCGUCUGUCAGCUCCAGACCUCGUCCAAAAUCGCGCGGAUUGUAUGCAGAAGCUUCUCCCUGGAACACACCAUAGAUUUCAUGAUGGCCAUCAAGGACACCUUCCGGAAGGCCAAAGGAAUGCGUGUGCGUGCUGCUGGGAAGUGGAUGAUCACCUUUCUGCAGAUGCAUGGAAAGGACAUCUGUCGGGAUCUUGAUCUUUCACCGAUCAUCUACAUCCUGCGCAGCUGCAUGUCGUCCCUGCAGCACAGCACGAACACGCCAUUCCUGUGCCAGGCGGUGGCCAUCCUCACCCGCUGUCACACAGACAUCACAGUUGACAGCUUCUUCCACAGGCGUUGAGCCCACAGACAGCAAGACAUGGAGGAGAAUAUGAGAGUUUUUUCAUCAGUGGUGCAGCAGGGAGAAGAAAGAAAGGAAAAGCAAAGCAAAGCAAAGCAAAGCAAAGCAAAGCAAAGCAAGG